AUGAAACUGACGGGUGCUUCGCUGGUUUUGACUCUCAUCAUAAUAUUAAUUAAGCUCCUAACAAAAGUGGAUUCCACUGGGAAGAUUGCAGUGCAGCUGCUUACCUUCAAGAAUCAAAAUUAUAAAAGUGCAAAUGGACAGUGCUGCGACACUUUUCUGACAUUCUGGUGCAAUACAGACAAAUGUGAUACGACGUUCAAAUUGUGCUUUGACGGCAGCAGCGGGAGCAAUUCCAUGGAUUCAUGUGCUUACGGAUCCUUCGGAUAUCUGGGGGACAUAAAGAGCAAUGACAUAAAUUUUAGAAAUGAAAAUGGAUUCAAAGAGCCAUUUGUUGCAAAUCUUACCUCAUGGCCGGGUUCCUUCAAAUUAAAAGUGGAUGUGAUGGAUUUAGAUGGAGGCCCAUCCGGAGACAACGAUCCUAUUGACUUCCUUCAGACGACCAUCACAACAGCCGCCGCCCCCAGUGAGAACGCUGCAUCCUGGACCUCGGUGUCCUUGCAGGGAACUAGGAGGACAGAACCCUCGUCGCUUACUCUGCAAUUCAAAGUUUAUUGUGACCCAGGAUACACAGGAGCAGAUUGUGCCACUAACAUAGACGAAUGUGCUAGUAACCCAUGUAAUAAAGGGAAGGUAUGCCAAGACAACAUAAACUCCUACACGUGUCAGUGUCCCCCCGGAUACACGGGAGUUAACUGCGAGACAAACAUCAAUGAAUGUGCCAGCAGUCCAUGUCAGAACGGCGCCACGUGUCUGGAUGGGGUGAAUGCCUACACGUGCCAGUGUGCCCCUGGUUAUACCGGAGUUCUCUGCCAGGUUAACAUUGAUGAAUGUGCCAGCAGUCCGUGCCAGAAUAAUGCCACGUGUCUGGACGACAUCAAUGGAUUCACCUGUGACUGUCCCGGGGGAUUCACAGGGACCCUGUGUGAAACUGAUAUCAAUGAAUGUGACAGCAACCCGUGUGUUAACAGUGGGACUUGUCAGGAUGAAAUAAACGCGUUUACAUGUCAGUGUCCUAAUGGUUUUACCGGGACAAUUUGUGAGACGAACCUUGAUGACUGUGUUAACGCUUUUUGUUAUAAUAAUGCCACGUGUGUGGACGGCGUUGAAUCCUUUCAGUGUCAGUGUAUGGCAGGGUUCACAGGGACACAGUGCCAGACGGACAUUGACGACUGUCUCAACGCCACAUGCCAAAAUAACGCCACAUGCCAGGACGGCAUAAAUGGAUUCACCUGCGUUUGUAGCGAUGGAUACACGGGGCAGCUGUGUGAGUCUUAUAUUGAGGAAUGUGGCAGUAGCCCAUGUCAGAACAAUGGAACGUGCCAGGAUUUUAUCAACAUGUACAUCUGUAAUUGCUCGAUCGGAUUUACAGGUACACAUUGUGAAACCAACAUCGAUGAUUGUGUUAAUAAUACCUGUCAAAAUGGCGCCACCUGUAUAGAUGGAAUCACCGACUUCACCUGUCAGUGUCCACCAGGUUAUACUGGACAGUCUUGUGAAACGAACAUCGAUGAUUGCGUUAAUAAUACCUGUCAAAAUGGUGCCACUUGCGUAGACGGAAUCACCGACUUCACCUGUCAGUGUCCACCAGGUUAUACGGGACAAUAUUGUGAAAUCAACAUUGAUGAUUGUGUUAAUAAUACCUGUCAAAAUGGCGCCACUUGCGUAGACGGAAUUACCGACUAUACUUGUCAGUGUUUACCAGGUUAUACGGGACAGUCUUGUGAAACCAACAUCGAUGAUUGUGUUAAUAAUACCUGUCAAAAUGGUGCCACUUGUGUAGACGGAAUCACCGACUUUGCCUGUCAGUGUCCACCAGGUUAUACGGGACAGUCUUGUGAAACUGACAUAGACGAAUGUUCAAGCAUGCCCUGUACCAACGAUGGGAAAUGUCAAGACGCUGUGAAUGGCUUUAAGUGUUUGUGCCGGUCUGGUUUUACAGGCAGGCAAUGCGAAAACAACAUUGACGAAUGUGCUAGUGACCCAUGCUUAAGCAACGCAACGUGUCUGGAUGAAAUCGAUUCAUACCGCUGUCUGUGCCCGCGUGGUUUUGUAGGCGACAGAUGCGAGAAAGCAAGUCCUUGUCACCGCCAGUUAUGUCAAAACGGAGGGAAAUGCAUCGACAACGGCGUCUCCUAUACAUGUCAGUGUAAAUUAGGAUAUCGCGGACAACAGUGUGAAAUCCUAGAAACAACAAAUGUCAGCACCACCCCGACGAGCAGCGACGCGUGUUUAUCAAACCCUUGUAAAAACAAUGGUCACUGCAAGAAAAAGGAUGACCAUUUUGCAUGCUUUUGCAGCAACGGCUUUUACGGCCCACAGUGCCAGUUUGAAAUUUUUGAAUGCUUCAGCAACCCUUGCCAAAAUUCUGGAACUUGCCACGACAUCGUUGGGGGCUUCUUUUGCAAGUGCCUACCUGAAUUUGCCGGCAAGUUCUGCGAAAUCCGCCUCAACCCCUGCUCUGCCCAACCAUGUGAGAAUCAUGGAACUUGCAUUCCAACUUCUGACGGACACCGAUGUGAUUGCCCGGCAGGAUUCGCAGGAGACCGUUGCCAGAUGGCCUUAUUGUGCCAGAAAAGCCCAUGUCAGAACGGUGGUGUGUGCAUUCCACAGAACAACCAAGCCACUUGCUUUUGUAAAGAUGGCUAUUUUGGUACCUUCUGCCAGCAUCCCCUCCACAAGUUGACCGGGUCCUCUACCGGGAACUACAUUUGCUCCUAUAAUUGUAAAUGCAAGCACGGGAUGAAAGGUUGGAAAGGGGCUGACUGCAACGAGUGCAAGGUCAACCAUUGCAAAAAUGGAGGCAGCUGUGGCUAUGAUUCUGCCAAGAAGCAAAAGCAGUGCACCUGCCAGUCGGGUACACAGGGACUUCCUGUGAGGUUUCCAUAG